AUGUCUUCCUCCUCCAUCCACGCCGACCCUCCUCCGCCCGUCGUUACCGAAGCCAGCGGCAUCAGCUAUGUUACCGGCAGUGCUCUGGGCAAAGGCGGGUUCGCCAUCUGCCAUCGAGCCGAGCGAUACGACAGCAACAGACCGACCGGGCAGAUUGUCGCCUUGAAGAUUGUAAAAUCGCAGAUGGAGCCCAAGAAGCUCGAGCAGAAGUUUGUGACCGAGCUUCAAAUACACAGCAAACUCACACACCCGAACAUUGUUACCUUUUACCGAGCAUUCUCCUUCCAGACGAGUACUUAUGUCGUCCUCGAACUCUGCUCCAAUGGCUCGCUUGCCGACAUGCUCAAGAAGAGGAGGUAUCUUACUCUGCCAGAGAUCCGGAGACUGGUCAUCCAAGUAUGCGGCGCGGUCAAAUACCUCCACCACAGACACAUCGUACAUCGCGAUCUCAAGACGGGCAACCUUUUCCUGGACCACAACAUGAACGUGAAGGUGGGCGACUUUGGAUUGGCGGCACUGCUGGUAACAGAGCGGGAGAUGGAAGUUAGGAGACGGACAACUAUGUGUGGAACACCCAACUAUCUCGCACCUGAGAUCUUGGAAAAGGGUAAGGGUCACGAUGAGAAGGUGGAUCUCUGGGCUAUUGGGGUCAUUGCAUACACUCUGGCAGUGGGCAAGGCGCCGUUCCAUGCGAGCACAAAAGAGGAGAUCUACAAGAAAUUGCGAUCAGGGACAUACACAUGGCCAGAGCUGAGCGCGACGACGAAUCAGAGCGCCGACCUGAGGGAUUUGGUAUCAAGUCUACUUGUACCGGAAGAGCAACGACCGCUACCAGACAUGAUUGUCAGCCAUCAGUUCUUCAGGGUUGCCUACGUCCCGGAGCGGAUACCUGAAACUGCAAAGGAGAAGCCUCCAGUCUGGCCAGAUGUGCCGAUACCUUCCGCUGAGACGAUACGAAAGGGAUAUAGCGAGACUUGGUACAGCCUCUGCAAGGAAUCUGGGGUUGGAGAGUACGAAGAGGGGAAAUGUUUCCCUCUCAACAGUGGCCGCAAAGUGCGCAGUAUUGUCCAUGACAUGGCUAAGGAGGCGCAGGCGGGCCGCUCACCAACCAUGCCAAUUCCUCAUGAUACGGUCUACAUUUCGACAGUCAGUGACUUUGAUGGACCUCGAGCGGCCAGUCCACCACUGGAACCGGCACGGACGGAGGCGUCAAUGCGUGGUUUGAAAGAGAUAUCGCACAAUGAAGUAUCCUCAACGCGCCCCCGUGUUGCAGAGGCCCGGAACGCUGCGAAAGACGCCGAGAUGAUGCCACCACCGCGAGCGCCUUCGCGUGCUGCGAGGUCAGGGACUGUCCGACGAGCUGCGAGGACAAUUAGCGAGGAGACGGCGAAUUCAGAAUCAGUCAAGGUCGCAAGCGACAACUCGUCCGGUCCUUCGUCUUCUGGAACGCUGAGAGUAUCAAGACUCAGACCUGCACCAGUGACGGCUAAGAGUGCGCCAGAAGCAAGCGCGGCUCUCAAAGAGACGAAUGGCUCGUCAACCUCAGCAUAUCGAACGGCGCCUACAAGACAGUACUCGGAGGGUGCAGAUUUGGAUCUUCAGAAGCCUCAACGAACUGGUACCACCAAGCGGGCGGCUGAUGCAAGUCUAGCACGGCGACCACGAGGCGUGAGACCGGUCAAAGAACGUCCAAUAUCUCCAGUGGAUGCCGCACCAGAAGGACCGGCCGUCCCGGCCGCAGCGAAGAUAGCCAAAGGUCGCGCUCAGUCGCCGGUUGAUGUCCAAGGACCGCUCGCGAGUCUGGACGAACUCAAAGAGGCACUCCCCUUUAAGUAUCGGAAGAAGGCACCUGCAGCUGAGGUGAUUGAGAUACUGUCAGAUCAAGAACUUGAACAGGAGAAGGAGUCGAAGCCCUCAGCAUCUGGAACGUUGACCCUGUCACGACCACCGCAAAUGGCCAGACGUUUGCCACAGCCGCAGAAGAAGAUCUCCCCCGAUCUUGAUCCAGCAAUCUCAGAGACUGACCCCAACACUGUUCUUGAGAGACUAGCAGAGUUCAGGGAUAACUUGAAGUCUGCACUGUCCAAGCCAUCAGCAACGAACAAGAUCGUUUCAACGCACCGCGACCAGCAGAUCUCCGAGAACCUGCCCUUCGUAUCAAGAUGGGUCGACUACAGCCGCAAGCAUGGUAUUGGAUACGUUCUCUCGGACGGCACAGUCGGCUGCAUUAUCAAUGCCACGGCGAAGCCUGAACAAGCACCGACUCCCGUCACACACGUCCUUGUACGCAACGGCCAGCGAUGGUUACAGAAGGUCGGGCAGAACAAAGACUUCGCCGGCAUCGACCAGGUCCCCCUAGAGUUCUUCGAAGACAAAGACGCAGAAUGUAUCAAGCGGAAAGUGUACAAAGGCCUCGGAAGUGUCAAGGAGGGUCCUUUGUUGGUGGAAGCUCAGAGACGGCGGACGUUGAGUGUGCUGUGGGUGAAGUUUGGACGGUACAUGUGCCAGACUCUUGAUGGAGAGGAAUCUGCGUCUGCGGGCGCCGGAUCUCGCGAUCCAGAGAACUUCGUGCGGUUCUACCAGCGGAUCGGAUGUGUGGGUGUGUGGGCUUUCAAGGAUGGGUCUUUACAGAUCCACUUCCCCGACCACACCAAACUCGUCCUCUCCCCCACCGGCACGCACAUCUCCGCAACCCUCCUCUCCGUCGAAGCCACCACGCACCUCUCCCGCACCGGCGACCUCCUCCCCGCACACGUCGCCUCCCGCCAAGUCUUCGCGGACAGCAUCCCCUCGCUCCUCUUCGACGGCGGCCGCGUCCGCCAACGCCUCGUCAAAGCCAACCAACUCGCCCAGAAACUCGAAUUCGUCCUCGAGGUUGUCACGCAGUGGGUGGGGAAUUCCGGGCUAGGUCGGCUGGAUGAGGAUGAGGGGGGCGAGAAGUUGUACUGGGAGGGGCUGACGGUGAGGGAUCAGAAUGUGAGGAAGGUGGAGAGGGUUACGGUGGGGAGGUUUGGUGGGGAUGCUUGA